AUGUUGGGCAAUCAACAAGCAUUCGAUGACAACAAAUCAGAGGGUAGUGGCAGUGAGAGGUCAAGUAUCAAUCUCGGUGGCGGAGACCCCUCUGCUCAGCAAAAGAAGGCUCUCAAGAAGCCAGUAAAAUCAGUCAUUCCCAAAUUACAGAAUUGUAGUGUCAAUUUGUCCUUGUUUAGGAAAUUAGCUGCUGAUGAACUGAGAGAAUUAAUUGAAGAAGUGCAAGUACCCAACCCACACAAAGCCUUUGUAUUUGAUCCAGAACUCAUCAGUUCUCUCUCACUCAUUGUUCCCUAUUCUUUCUUCAUUCCAAAAGGAACAGGUGCCUCGGAACCAGAAAUUGGUGUUUUAAAACAAGAGAAAAUCCAAUUCAAAACGGUCGUAGGAAGUGUGUUCUAUAUAACACGACCUCGAAUGGAUCUUCUCAAGAUCAUGUCCUCUCAAAUUAAUCACAUCAUGUCCUCUCAACCACAACAACCACCUAAUAUUUAUGUCGUGUUUGUGCCACGAAGGACUUUGAUUUGUGAAGUCAUGUUGGAAAAGAUGAAUAUUCUGCAACACAUUCAAAAACCCUUGUUGGAAUUUUCACUGGAUUUCAUUCCAUUUGAUAAUGAUUUGUUGUCCAUGGAGUUACCAAAUGCUUUUAAAGAAUUUGAAAUUGAUGGUGAUUAUUCUGCAUUGUAUAGUGUGGCAAGAUCAGUGAUGAAAUUACAAUCUGUGUAUGGCGUGAUUCCAAACAUUAAAUAUGUGGGAAAGAGUGCCAAAAUAGCUUUUGAAAUUCUACAAGAUUUGAAACACAGGUCAGAAAAUGUAUUGAAUCAAGUGAAUCCAAGCAUUGGAAAUUUGAUUUUCUUUGAUAGAAGAGUGGAUUUAGUGAGUCCUCUUGUCACUCCAUUAACAUAUGAAGGUCUUUUAGAUUUAUUUUACAAAAUUCAAAAUAAUCUGGUCACAAUUCCAUUCUUGUCACAACCUGUGAAAAAAGAAGAUGGCGACAAUGAGAAGGAACAAGAAGUAAGAAGAGUACCAACGAGAUUGCCUCUCAACGAUGACGAUGAGGUUUUCAAACAAAUUCGUCACUUGAAUUUCCUUGGAGUAGGAGCUAAAUUACAAGCGAUCACUGAAGAAAUUGAUAAGAUUUAUGAAGAAAAGAAAAAUUUAACCUCUCUCGAAGAUAUCAAAGCAUAUUUCCAACAAUUACCUGAAGUUCAACAAAAACACAAGGAUCUGACCACACACAUCACCAUCGCUACAGAAAUUAAAAAAGAAACAUCAAAACAAGAAUUCAGAAGAAGAAUUAGAACGGAACAAGAUAUUUUGUCAGGAGAGGAUCCAAAAGCAUGCAUUGAGUAUAUCGAGACUUGUAUUAUAAGGCAAGACAGUCUUACGUCAGUAUUGAGACUGAUUUGUCUUUACAGUAUUGUGAGAAAUGGACUUAGCCAAUCUGAAUAUGAUCAUUUACGACAAGAACUUGUUCAUAGCUAUGGACACUUUGUUGUUUUGAGUUUGAAGAAUUUAGAGGAAGCUGGAUUGUUGAAGAAAUCAGCGUCAAAGAUUAACUGGUCAACCUCUCCAUUUGGAAUUAUGAAAAAAGGAUUGAAUCUAGUUGCACAGGAUCAAAUUGAUGAAACGAGUCAGAAGAAUAUGGCUUAUGUCCACUCUGGUUAUGCUCCAAUGAGCUGUAGAAUUAUUCAAGAAUCUCUCACGACCAGCAAGUGGGAAAAUUUGGAAUACUUAUUCAAAGGAAGUGAGCACCUGGAAUUUAUUGGAGAGAGUAUCACACCAACAAUGCUGUCAAGUGAUGUGACCGUUGUUGUUUUCUUGGGCGGAUGUACUUUAGCUGAAAUUAGUGCUUUAAGAUCUCUCUCAAGUCAUCGUUUUAUCAUUUUAACGACCAAGAUCAUUAACUCUGAUAACUUCAUUUCCUCCAUGUUGGAAAAACUUUAA